UCCCGGUGUGUGUGGAUCUCCGGAGGGGAACAGGAUAAUCCAGUCGGACCUUCAGUGGAGAGGAUCUCCGCUAGACGCACUCAGAGAGCAAAAAGGCACUUUUACGUUCCCACGGGGGAUUUUGAUUUACUCGCCACAGGUCACCUGUAACUGGUUGGAGAGAAAGAGGAGAGGAGAGCAAAUGGAAAGGGAGCAGAGAGAAAGAGGAUGAGAGAAAGAGAGUGGGAGCUGGACCCAUGAGAUUCCUCAUGCACAAUGGGAGCACCUCGCUCUGUCGGCUUUUGAUUUGAAAAGAAUAAAGGGGACUUUGCCUAAAGAGGGCCAACAGGAUUUUGACAUCACUUCAGUGUUCUGCCCUUUGCACUUCUUACCUGGGGACAGUCCAUUGCCAUGGAGAAGACAUACUCACUAACUGCCCACUAUGAUGAGUUCCAGGAAGUGAAAUAUGGUGGUCGCUAUAGCAGCGACAUCCUCAGCAAUGGCAUGACCCUUCACCUGGGAGGCAGCCUGGAUCGUCAUAUGGGGCGUGGCCGGGGAGGGACCACGUCAAACGGUCGAAACAGAGAUCUAAGCAGCACCAGCAGCAGCGGAGGGCUUCCUCGGUGGAGCCGGAGGGAGAUCUGCCUCCUCUCUGCUCUGGUCUUUGCAGCAGGCAUGUGCGUCAUCUUAGGCAGCAUGCUGGCACUCAAGUACAUUUCCCUGGACGCCCAGCAGGAUCCACAGUGCCGACAGGACUGUCAACGCAAGCGCUCCCUGCUGCGGGCGGCACGCUUCAUUCAGGCCAAUAUUGACCCAACCAUCCAACCCUGCCAGGACUUCUACUCCUUCGCCUGUGGUGGCUGGCUGAGGCGCCACGGCAUCCCCGAGGACAAGCUCAGCUACGGCAUCAUCACCGCCAUAGGAGAGCACAAUGAGGAGAAACUGCAGCGCCUCUUGCUGGAGCCGAUACGAACGCGCGGCCCCGACUCUGCGGAGCGCAAGGUCAAGGAGUUCUAUCGAUCCUGCGUCAACAUCCAGGAGAUCGACAAGCUGGGCUCUGACCCCAUGACGGAUGUGAUAGACAGCUGUGGGGGGUGGGACCUGGUGGGGGCUCCUCCCGGUGCUGCUGGGUGGGAGAGAGAGGGCGCACCGCUGAGACCUGACUUCAAUGAGCUUCUGUACAGGACCCAGGGUGUAUACAGCACCAACGUCUUCUUCUCCCUCACUGUCAAUGUGGACGACAAAAACUCCUCCAGGAAUGCAAUCAGGAUUGAUCAGGAGGGGCUCACGCUGCCGGAGAGAAGCCUCUACCUGGGACAGGAUGAGGACAGCGUGAAGAUCCUGGCGGCGUACAAGGCCCUGAUGGAGCGCUUGCUGAGCAUGCUGGGAGCUCACAACGCCACGCAGAAGUCCAAGGAGAUUAUACAGCUGGAGACGCGUCUGGCCAAUAUCACUGUGUCAGAAUAUGAUGACCAAAGAAAGGACAUCAGCACCAUGUAUAACCGCAUCACCCUCAGGCAGCUACAGCGCAUCGCUCCCAGUCUUCACUGGAAACGCUUGCUGGACAGAAUCUUCUACGACAACUUCACAGAAGACGAAGAGAUCGUGGUGCUCGCCACCGAUUACAUACAGAAAGUCUCUGACAUCAUCAAGACCACUUCGAAAAGGGUUCUGCAUAACUACAUGCUGUGGCGCAUUGUGGCGGCGCUAAGUGAACAUCUGUCCACCGCCUUCCGCAGCACCAUCCACGAGUUUUCUCGGGAGAUCGACGGCACCGAGCAGCAGCUGGAGCUGGGCAGGCUCUGCCUCACUCAGGCAAAUAAACACUUCGGCAUGGCCCUGGGAGCCCUGUUUGUCCAGCAACACUUCUCCUCACAGAGCAAGGCCAAGGUACAGGAGCUGGUAGAGGACAUAAAGCACUCCCUGGACCUCCGGCUGCAGGAGCUGGACUGGAUGGAUGAAGCCACCAAAGAGGCUGCCAGAGCAAAGCUGAAGCACAUGAUGGUGAUGACAGGAUACCCAGACUUCCUGCUCAAACCUGAGCUCAUAGAUCAAGAAUAUGCGUUCGUUGUGGACGAGAAGACCUAUUUCAAGAACAUCCUCAACAGCAUCAAGUUCAACAUCAAGCAGUCAGUCAAGAAGAUCCGGGAAGAAGUGGACAAGACAGCGUGGCUUCUCCCCCCUCAGGCCCUUAAUGCCUACUACCUCCCUAACAAGAACCAAAUGGUCUUUCCUGCCGGCAUCCUUCAGCCCACUCUCUACAACCCUGAGUUCCCACAGUCUCUGAACUAUGGAGGAAUAGGAGCGAUCAUUGGCCAUGAGCUAACACAUGGAUAUGAUGACUGGGUGAUGCAAUGGUUCAUGUCCCUAGGGGGCCAGUAUGACCGCCAUGGCAACCUCAAACAGUGGUGGACGGAGGAGUCCUACAGAAAGUUCCAGAAGAAGGCUGAAUGUAUCGUCAAGCUCUACGAUAACUUCACGGUUUAUAACCAGAGGGUGAAUGGUCGUCUGACACUGGGGGAGAACAUCGCAGACAUGGGAGGGCUCAAGCUGUCGUACUUUGCGUAUCAGAAGUGGGUGAGGGAACACGGUCCAGAGAGGCCCCUGCCUGGACUCAAAUACACACACGAACAGCUGGUCUUCAUUGCCUUUGCACAGAACUGGUGUAUGAAGAGAAGAUCUCAGUCCAUCUACUUGCAGCUGCUGACUGACAAACAUGCACCAGAGCAUUACAGAGUGAUUGGCAGUGUUUCCCAGUUCGAUGAGUUUGCCCGUGUUUUCCACUGUCCAAAGAGUUCCCCAAUGAACCCCGUGGACAAAUGCUCCGUGUGGUGACCUCGCCACGCCCACCUGUUGACCUUGGGAUGAACUUCAUCUUCACAGCCCCCACUUCCCACCCAUCACACAACCUGUCCUACAUCACACAUUCAUCAGAGCCAACAGGAUGAUACCGAGUGCAUAAAGCCUAUUCUUGCCUAUAGAAGAUACAGGAAGGAAAUGUAUCUUUUCAACAUUAUCUGUACACAUGUUUUCAAUUAGGAAGUUUAUACAACUGUCCAUUGUCUGUACUAACCAAUCUAAAGCAUGGGUCACGUGACCAUUGAUAUGUAUAUUAUUUGAUUAUAUAUAUUUUUCUAUGUUCAAAUUUACUUUCAAAUCAUCUAUUUUUCUAUUUUAGCAGAAAUAUCACGCAGAUUAUGCAUAGAAUUCAUAAGCUAUUUGUUUUUUAAUUAAGCAACAUAUUUCCUCAAUUGUUUCUCUUCUUUGUAGCAUCAAGUAGAAAAAACUUCAGUAAAUCAGACGAUGAAAGAUUGGCCGCAACAGUGAUUUCAGUCCCUGUCCAAUUUAAAAUUAACUGAGAUCAGUAGCAUCCUUGUGCCUGCCAAAACGCUGAUGUCUUUUCAGUUUGGUGUUUGGAGUUUGAUUUGUCUCGCAAUGCUGCGCUCUUGUGGCCGCGGAGAGCAAUGGUCACUGUUCAGCCGUCAUGACUGUUGUGUUGUUUGCCUGCAUUGGUCUCUUGUUAAUGUGAGUGUUUGUACGGUUUUUAAGAUUUGUCAACUUUUUUUAGAAAACAGAAGGUGGACUCACGGCGGAUGUUUUUCUCAGGAUUUGUAGCAAAGCGCGGCGCCAAAUGGAGGAUCUUUGCAUCUAUCUACAUUCAACUCUUCAGUCUACAGUACAAUCACAAAGGAGCUGGUAUAUUUAUCAAACAUUGGAUUGAAAAAAAGAGAAAAGAAGAACAAUUUGACCCUACUGGAUGAUCUGAUUUGAGAACCCUUUCUACUGGAAACGGAAGAACCUGUCUGCUAUUGGAUUAUUCAAAUCUCUGUAUUUCCUAAUGAACCUGAGUGAUCUUAUACAACCUGGGAUUCAACGAGAGGGAGAGCGUGAAGACGCGAUAUAUUUACAGUUAACUCACCAAAUAACAAGCCGACACUCUGUACAUAAGAAAGUGCAACUAUGGUAGAUGGAGAAUCAUACAUUUGUACGAAGUGUUAUUUCAAAAAAAAUACUUUUGUAUAAACAAUCUGCAUUGUUACAAAAAAAUAUGACUCUUUGUACAGUGGAGAAGUAUAUGGUUAUGGUUGUACAGUUUGUUUUGAUGAGAGCGCAUGUUUCCCUCCUGACCAUCAUUAAAUUCGGAUCGAUAUAGAUGGAGGACAUCACACACACACACACACACACAAGUCUGACUCUAUAGCUGCUAUUUCACACAUGGCUGCUAUCUCUUCCUCUCUGUUGGUCAUCGUUUAAUGUUUGAAUAAACACAAAGGAUCACUGUG